AGUCGGCAGACGAUAACAUAAUCAUAACCUGUUUCUAAACUUUGUUCUUUGCUGGAACUAUGUAAUUAUUGUUAAAAUAUAUUGGUGAUUUGUUUAAUUUAAUAAUAUUUACAAGUUCAAUUAACAGUUUUUUGUAAGUUACAGUGAUAAUCUUACAUUAGCAUAUUUGGAACUUGUGCAGUGUGCAGUCUGGAAUUAAAUAUCAGUGUAUUUUUAUGACACUGUUAAGUCAGUAAUUUUGUCAUUCAUUUCAUGCUUAUCAUUUUUUAAAUUAUUCUGAAGAUGCUUUCAAUAAUUUUAAAUACAUUGAAAUUAUCAUCUUUACUUGAAUUCUUCAAAAUAAGGUUGAUUCUCUGAUAGACUUGAUGACACAAUAAAUGAUGAAGCCAGAAGAGAUAACUACUUAUGGCUCCUGGGUGAAAGACAGAGUCCUUGGAGUUGGAGGAUUCGGGGUUGUAACAUUGUGGAGAAAGCAAGAUGAAUACAUCGCUUUGAAAAAGUGUCGCUGGGAGAACGUGUCAUUCGACCAGGUGACCGCCAAACAACGAGAACGAUGGACACUGGAAGUGAGCAUAAUGAAGCGUCUCAGCCAUCCCAACGUAGUGAGCUUCGUGCAAUUGCCCGGCGACUUUGCGUCCAUGAAGUCCGAACUGCCAGUGCUUAGCAUGGAGUACUGCUCGCUCGGUGAUCUCAGACAAGUAAACUUACAAAAUUCACUUGAAAUAUAUUUACCUAACAUUGAUUAGCAGUCCAUUUACAAAAUACUUUU